AUGGAUUCAUCUUCCGACUCGUCUUCGUAUUGCGUUCCCCCUUCUCUUUCCGACUCAUCAAACGGGAGCACUUUUCAAUUUUUCCAAAUGGUUUUAGACGCGUACGAAGACACCGGAAGCUCUACCAACACCCGUAGGUACAUCGACCGAGAUCGGGUAGACGCGUACGAUAGGCUAAUGCACGACUACUUUGUUGAAGACUCCAAAUUCGACAAGCCAUUUUUCCGUCAUCGUUUCCGCAUGAGCAAAAGGUUGUUUUUGAAGAUUGUUAAUGAUAUUGAAGCUAGGUUCGAGUACUUUCAAACAGGAUAUGAUGCUCGGGGAAGAAGAAGCUUCACGGCUCUACAAAAAUGCACAUCGGAGAUCAAACAAUUGUCCACGGGUGAACCACCAGACGCGUAUGAUGAGUAUUUAUGCAUUGAGGAAAGAACAUCACGUGAGAGCCUCGAAUAUUUUUGUGAUGCGGUCAUUGGUUUAUACAAACCGGAGUUUUUACGCAAGCCGACAUCUCACGAUGUUGCUCUCAUCACACAAGCGCAUGAAGAAAGACACCACAUUCCAGGAAUGCUUGGUUGUCUUGAUUGUACACACAUCGAAUGGGCUAAGUGUCCUAAAUACUUAAAAGGGCAAUACACGAGGGGUGAUCAUAAGGUGCCGACUAUCAUGAUUGAGUGUGUUGCUUCUUACGACUUGUGGAUUUGA